AUGGAGUGGAACCGCAGUGGAACCACAGGAGACGCAGUGAACACAAUCACUGCUAGUCUGGACUUGGAGGUGCUGCAGGCGGAGCCGUGUGCCCCAGCCUUACACAUGGGGCGCCUGCGCCCAAGGAUCAUUCCUCUUGGGCUCGGCAACGAUACCAGACCUCUUUUAUUGCAAUCUCAUUCAACGUGCGAGGAGCGCUCCGGCGGCACCGCACGACAGCAGCUGUGGAGCCUGCGAAAGACGUCGUUGGAGGGGCAGCAGCAGCGGCACUCCUCACGGAUUGCCGCACGCUCUGCGCACCAAGAAGAGGACGCUGCACCGGAGCGGAUGGCCGCUCUGUACCUCCAGGGCCAACGGAGCAGGCUUGGUUCCAGCGGGCGGGCGCGCCAUGUGGAGGACGCAUACAUGGACGCUCCGGACAGCGACGACGCGUUGCUACCAGAUCUGGUGUUGCUGAUGCUCGGAGGGGGAGAGGAGGCGGCGACGGGCGUGGGCGCGGAGGCAGAGGUGAAGGAGGCGGCCGAGGGGGCAGGAACGGGCGAGGGGGCGGCAAUGGGCAACUUCAGACUACGGCGCCAAUUGGGGGGAGGCUCCUGA